CGGGUCCGUGAAGUGGUUGAAAACUUGGUCAACAAGCCGCCAGUCCGCGCGCAGCUCUCAGCUCUCAGCUCGCGGACUUCUUCUUCAUUUUGUCCCGCGGAUUGUCGGUCCAUCGUUACACAACUCGGUAAAGUCCGUGAGGAGCAGGUUCUCCCGGCGGUUCGGAGGCUGAGGGCGGGAUUAAAGAAGUUCUGGUUCCGUAGUAACGGAGGUAAGCCGCGGCUCGGACGGCGCGCGGCUCCAUGCGGGCGGAUUAUCUCCGAGUCUAACAAAAGAGCCGGUCUGCGCGCGCUCCGCUCGGUCCCCCCUCCCGGUGCUCCCCGUCCAGGACUCCGGUUUGAAUCUGACGGUCGACUUUGGUUUGUUUAGUCCGAGUUCGGGUCCCAGAUUCGGUCUUCGUGACUCGGUUUCCCUCCUUUUCCUGAAAGCGGACCCGGAGCGAUGCCGCUGCUCCACAGGAAAGCCUUCAUCCGGCAGAGACCACCUGCGGACCUGCGGCCGGACGAGGAGGUCUUCCUCUGCAAGAUCACACACGAAGUCUUCAGGUCCUACGAUGAGUUCUUCGAGCGCACCAUCCUGUGUAACAGUCUGGUGUGGAGCUGCGCUCUGACGGGCCGAGCGGGCCUCACCUACCUGGAGGCGGUGGAGAGCGAGCGGCGGGCGAAGCAGAGUCUGCAGAGCUUCGCUCCGUCUCUGCUGGUUCCUCUGCUCCACCUGGCCGCUCAGAGCCGCCGCUGCCGGCUGACGGAGCUCUGCGAGGACGUCUACGCCUUCGUCAAAGACCGCUUCUUCCCCGGAGAGACCGUCGACGUCACGGGACGCAACGGAGCCAGACAUGUGUGUGAGAUCCUGCAGGUUCACUCUCCUCACUCCAGCGCUAACGGAGCGCCGGCCGCUAACGGCCACGCCAAAGCAGCGGACGGUGACACCAUCGUCAUCAGUGACAGCGACGACGAGAGCAAAGCCUUCCAGAGUCCCACGGCGCAGGUCAACGGGUCAGUAGGUCAAAGGUCAUUCUAAUGUUGAUCGGUCAGCAGGUCGUGCUGACUGAUCAGGAGUAAAGAACAGGGUUCUACGCAUCCUGGAAAACCUGGGAAAACAGUUGAUCCCUAUUCCAUUCAUUGAGAGAAAUAGUAAAAUGUCCUGGAAAAGUAUUUUAACGUGAUGUCGUAGCAGCGCUGUGAACGCAGCCCGAGUCAGGUCACAUGGUUGGCUGGACGCCAUUAAUUCAAGUGACUGACGCUCUGAAUAAUAUUAAUAAAUAAUGAGUUGAAUAAUUCAGUCCCUCCAGGAUCUUUCUGAUUGUUGCAGCAGCUUUUCUAAAAAGCAUAUGACACUUUGGAUGGUUUAGCUUGCAGCCAAACACGGAAAGAAAGAGAAGAGCAGCUUUCUCUCCUGGUGUUCCUGCACACGCUCAGUCCAUGCUGAUUUUACCAGCCGUCACCUUCGGCUGCGUCUCAGGCGAGUUCCUCACCACGAGCUCGGCUUCCCUUGGUUUCAUCUUCUGGGAUCAUUGAACACGUCUCUGUACGUUUUUAUUCGCUGUUCACAUCACGUGUCUCUGAUCGAUGCAGAUUCUCUUUCCUCUGUGAGGCUUUACUUUAGUGGUUAAACAGACUCGUCCUCGUUUUCUACUUGUGACUGUCGUCGUUGGAGGUUUGACUCGCCGCUAAAGUUGUCUGUGAAGGUUCUCGGUCAU